UUUGGAAAUGGGACAUUCUGUCAGCGUGAAGGGCCAGGCACUGGGAGGCGUGCAGCUCUCAUGACUUCAGUGGGGAGCUGAUAACCAGCCCCUCCAAAAAUCAGGGGCUGAGUGCAGUUGUCAUGCACAUUAGACUUAACCCUUCAUGUGCUAGAUAGUCAGAGUUGGAACACACGCAAACGCUGGCUACUUUGUAAAGGUUUGGCAGGGGGCUGUAGCGUAUGAAUCAGGGAGGGUUUCUGGCAGCUUCGGAUGAGGCGUGGGGCUCUUGUCCAGAGUGCUGCCAUUCUGUACAUCCCGCCCCCACCAAUCUUGCAUUCUGUGCUGUUCCCCCGUUCUCAAACAAGAUAGUGCAGUGAUAGGAAGGGGAUAGAGGUGGAGCUGAGGCCGGGAGAGAUUGAAAAGACUGGGACUUUUCAGUGUAGAGAGGAGGAUACAAAGAAAUGACUGGAUAGACACGUGAAUCAGGGGCUCUCAUUUAUCACUGCCUGCACUACAUGAACAAAAAGGGCCAUUUAAUGACAUUGAAAGGCAGCACAUUUAAAACUCAUUAAAGGAAGUAAUUGGUGCAUAAUUCACCUGUAGAACUCUCAGCCACAGGAUAGCACUAAGGCCAGGAAUCGCUGAAUUUUGAAACAAAUGAUGGGAUGAGGGGAAAUCCAGGUCUGCCAAUUUGCAUUCUGCAUUCCUGCUUCUUGCAGUGCUACUCUUCAGGGCUGUGGGUCUAGCCGAGCUGGUUGGCUGGGAUAAAGGGGCCCUGCUUUCACUGUUAUCACUAAAAGAAAAGGAUCAGUGAUAUCUUUAAGCUGUACCAGAGGCUGCUGGGAACUGUAGUUUUCUCUCCCCUCCCCAUUAUGUACUGUGAAGCAGGCUAGGCAGCACUCAAGUGUGCUAGCAUCCUCUCGCCAGCAUGGACUACAAGUCCCAGUAGUGCUGAGCGGGCUGGUCUUGGGGAAGUUUGCAAUAACAGGGGCUCUGUGAAUUCAAUACAGAGCCUGGGCUUAGCUGAACUCUUUCCCUAAGAUGGCUGGAGGGAGGUGGGAUGAAAGCGUUGGUCAAGUCUCUCUCUGAGCAGCUUCUCUGCCUUUGUGUUGUGCCUCUCUCCUGCCCCCAGCCCCCGCUUACUAGCGCUACUUGCUGUCAGUGCAGGGAUCUGCAGCAGCCACUCGAAGAAGCUGGGAGAAGAGACGAUUCGAGUUGCCAAUCCUAGUAAAAGGUGAAGGGACAGGAUCUCGUCCUCACAUCCUCCACACAGGAUCCACGUCAUCUUCCACCGAGUCGUCUCCAAUGGGAAAGUGCCUGCAGGGGGUACUGCCCAGGUGCCGGUGACGUCUGAGGACGGCAGGGUCUGCUUCUCCCCAGUAGAGUGGGCGGCGUUAGUGGAGUGGCAGAGGGAGCUGUACGAGCUGGUCACCUCGCUGGGUGAGGACUGUGUCUGUGCACAAGUUAGAGAGGCCUUGGUGCAAGCAGCUCCACGAGGAAGAGCGAUCAGUCUGGGCCCCUGGUGGAGCGCAGGCUCAGGUGUUGCCUGUUGCGGGAUCUGAGAGCCCCAUCCCCCACACGAGGCAGCUGGCCUUGCGGCUGGGUGUAGCCAUGUCUGAAGAGUCGCACCCAUCAAAGGAGGGGGCCGGAUGGCACCGUGAACUGGAGAUGGGCUGUGGAACCUUUUCUCGCGGCGCCACCAAUUCAAAUCCAGGCCACCCAGCUCUCAAACCUGAUCUCUUGUUCCGGAUUGAACGAGGGGAACCCCCAGGUGUUGGGGUUCAGCUGGUCUCUGGUGGCUUAGAGCAUCCGCCAGAUCCCUGCGCAGGCUAUGGAUUUUUCAAGCCCGAUGGUUUAUUCCAUAAUGAGCAAUGGGAGGAGCGAUAUAUGGAGGCUCAGCAGAAACUGGAGGAGAGCAAGAUCCCCGGAAGUGCCUGCGUAGCAGAGCAUGGGGGUGUGAACACAGUGGAGCAGGAAGAGAACUCUGAGAGCUUUGCUGCAGACUUAGAGCUUUCCCCUGUGGUCUGUGACCUUUCUGACGGCUCGUUUCACAGUCGGCAGCUGGUGUUCAAGAGUCAGCAGAGAAACCAGAUAAGGAUCAAGAUGGAGGAAUCAGCCGGCUUCAGCAAGUGUUCAGAUGCCAUCGUGCGCCAGCUAGGGGCUGGGCCUUUCCAGUGUGCUGAGUGCGGGAAACGCUUCCGCCAGAAGCAGAGCCUCAUCACGCAUGAGAGGAUCCACACGGGAGAGAAGCCCUACAGGUGUCCAGACUGCGGGAAGAGCUUCAGCCAGAAGCCCAACCUCCUGACUCACCGGCGGAUCCACACUGGGGAGCGGCCCUUCUCCUGCACACAGUGUGGAAAGAGCUUCAGCCAGAAGGCCAAUCUCAUUGCCCACCAGAGAACCCAUGCAGGGGAGAAGCCGCCGCUGUGGGGUGGGCUUGGGGGGAAGCCAAAGUCCCCAGCACACCAGGGAGACCAUGAGGAAAAGCGGCCAUUCGUAUGUCCCGAGUGCGGGAAGAGUUUCACUCAGAAACCCAACUUGGUGACUCACUACCGGACCCACACAGGCGAGCGGCCCUUCAGCUGUGCCCAGUGUGGGAAGAGCUUCAACCAGAAGACCAACCUGGUGACUCACUACAGGACCCACACUGGGGAGCGGCCCUACGCCUGCUCCCAGUGCGGAAAGCGCUUCACCCAGAAGACCAACCUGGUGACUCACCAGAGCACCCACACGGAUGUGCGACCCUACCCGUGCGGGGAGUGCCAGAAGUGCUUCAAGGACAAGGUGUCCCUGAAAGCGCACCAGAGAACCCACAGCCUGAGUCAGCCCAGACCCUGUGGGAAUCCAGAGCCAAUCCCACUCCACGGUCCGCCCGCCAUGCCGCUCCAGCCCGCAGGCGCUGAGCAGGAGAGCCAGCGCAAUCCUACUCAGCCGGUGCUAGCCCAGAAGAUCCCCGGAAGCCAGGCACCCUGCAUGUGCACUGACUGUGGUAGCAGCUUCCCGCAGAAACAGCAUAUCCCACUGCCCCAGCAAACCCCCUCAGCAGAGCAGCCCUUCCUGUGCAUGCAGUGUGGGGAAAGCUGCCCACAGGCAGCUCUUCUGAAGCACCAGCCCAGCCAUGCCAGGGAGAGGCCCUGCGAGAGCACCCAGUAUGGGAGAGGCCUCAGCCUGAACCAACAUCUCCUCAGACACCUGGAACCCUGCCUGGGCCCUGGUGAUGCGGCGCAUGCGGCCCCCGGGGCAGAGCGGCCCUUCAUCUGUAACCAUUGCGGAAGCAGCUUUAGCUUUUGGCCGGCUCUCAUUGCCCAUCAGGGCAGCCAUGCAGGAUGGCAGCCGUAUCAGCUUCCUGAACGCGGGAAAGGCCUCGGGCCCCGGCUGUCCCUGCCAGCCCAGCAGGAUGCGCAGGUGCGGGAGACAGCCUGGACGUGCCCCGAGUGCAAGCAGAGCUUCAGCCAGCACAGCCAGCUGGCAAAGCACCAGGAAAGCCACUGGGGCGACAGGCCCCAUCGGUGUGACGUGUGCGGGAAGAGCUUCGGCUUGAAAGCCAACCUGAUGACGCACCAGCGGCUCCACACGGGCGAGCGGCCCUUUGCCUGCAGCCAGUGCGGGCGGCGCUUCAACCAGAAGGGGAACCUGGUGACUCACUACCGGACCCACACGGGUGAGCGGCCUUUCUCCUGCCCCCAAUGUGGCAAGAGCUUCAGCCAGAAGCCCAACCUCCUUGCCCACCAGAGAACCCAUGUGGGGCGGCGGCCCUUCGCCUGUGCCCAGUGCCCCAAACGCUUCAAGGGCAAGAUGUCCCUGAAGAUCCACCAGCGUGUCCACAUAGGGGAGAGACCUCCCGCAAGGCCGCCGAGCGUGGAUCUGAUGGAGGCCCACGCCGGGAAGAGGUGCUGUUCCCACUCCCCAUGUGGGAAACCCUUCAAGGAGCUCAUAGCCCUGCAGCUCCCUCAGCGAGUGCCAGGUGGGGAGCGGCCAUACGCCUGCCCGGAGUGUGGGAAAUGUUUCCGGCAGAAGGUCACGCUGGUCACGCACCUCCGGACCCACACCGGAGAGCGGCCGUUCCAGUGUGCCCAGUGCGGGAGGAGCUUCAGCCAGAAGCCCAACCUCCUCACGCACCAGCGGACUCACACGGGCGAGCGGCCCUUCGCCUGCACUGUGUGCGGGAAGGGCUUCAGCUGGAAGCCCAACCUGGUGACCCAUUACCGCACCCACACCGGGGAGCGGCCCUACAGCUGCACCGACUGUGGGAAGACCUUCAGCCAGAAGCCCAAUCUCCUCACUCACCGCAGAACCCACUCCCAGCAGAGACCGUAUGCUUCCCCCAGUGCCACGCAAGCUUCCCCCAUGGACACACCUUCACCCUGCGCCGUUGUGGGGACUGGCCCCACGUGUGCUUGGCCUGCAGAGGGGGCCUCAGCCACUGCAACUCCCACGGCAGGGAGCUCCUGAAGCCAAGCAAGCAGAGACAUGGUGUCAAUGCAGCGGGGGUGGCAGAAGCUCCUGUGUGAGCCGGAGCGAGUAGAGCGUGCGCCUGAUUGGCGAGCUGUACGGUGACUGGAUCUGGGAAUGUGGGGAUAACCCAUGGUGCUGCCGCACCCACGAUACCAGACGCAGACGGGGGAACGUUACAGCCAGAAGCCAGAUCUGACUUCAUUCUACACACACUGAACUUCAGAGAGGGCACAGCUGCUGACAACGAGCAGGCCGGCUGGUUGAUCAGCACGCACUGCUGCAGAGUGCGAAGAGACACCGAGUACUGCUGUGAGCAGAGCGAGGGGCGGGUGCAACAAGCUGGCAGGCCUGGGACCCUAUGGCAAGUGUCCCAGGAAACCAAACCCUGAAAGAGACUCCCUGGGAGGGAACGGUCCGUGGAGCUGUACCCUGUGGUCUCCCUGGAGCUAAACAUGGGGUGGGGGCGGCUCUUGGAAGCUGUGUUCCAAACAGAGGUGAAACCUGGCUAGCCUGGGCGUAAGUUGUACCGAGGGUAUUGCUGGGCUCUGGAUCCCCACCAGAGCCAGCUGCAGGGAAGUGAAAGGCCACCUGAGGCUGCAAGCUCCAGCCCCUGUAGACACAGUUACAGCGUCUCUUUUAUUUUCGUGCCCUCCCCCCAGAGUGUCUGCACUUCAUGGGGGUAUGGGGGGGCAGGAGGCCCAGCCCCAGAGAAGGCUGCGGUUGGUCUGAAAGCAGUGGGGGCCCCACGAGAACGAGGUGCCCUUCUUGGGGAGCAGGAAGGAGAAGCUGGGCGCUGAUGCCCUGGUGGAGGAGGACUGCGUGCUGGGGCACAGUUGAUAACUGUAACGCGAUAGCUGCGCAGCACUGCCGCCCGUCAGGUCAGAACUGAAAACCGGAAGGGGCAGCUGGGGGACGCGGGGAGCCCUGGUACCUGGUUAGCUGAGCCCCGAGCCUGGGCCAGGUGUGUAACUAGCUCCACGGCAGAGAACAGAGCCAUGAAUAGGUUCCAGCAUGAUCUCCCAGCUAUGCUCUGCCUGUCCUCCCAGCAGGAACGUGAAUGACGUAUGUCUCAGAUAGGAAGAAAAGAAAUACUAAUGGCGGGAGGACUGUGGGAGGGGUGGGAGCCUGUGGCUGGGGAGACAUGGGCCACACACAGAACCCCAGGCAGAUUGUGGAGGGCAGAAUGGGGGGCACACAAAGUCUCUAACAUGAGGCUGUGGGUUGUAGCAGGGAGCCCCUGUACUAGAGAAGGAAGGGAGGGUGGCACCCCGGGAGCUUGUGGGGAAUGGAGGGACCCCUGGUAUGUGUGCUGAGCUUGGCGUGCAGAAGUGACAGUGCGUGUGGUGACCCUCUUGUAAGUUCUCUUACUUACAUGGAAACACAGCCAGCAGUCCCCAGGUUGUUACAGCUAAGGGGGUAUCACCUGGGUAGGUCGGUCAUUCAGCAAUGGGCCAGGCUCUGACAGCUGCCCCCAAAGCCGACCCCAGGGCUGUGCAGUCCCACGCAGCAGUGGGCGUCUGGCUCUCAGGCCUCCCCGGGAUCCCUUGUGCUGGCAGCGAAGGCACUGCCUGUCCGUGGAUUGCUGCUGCAGGGUGUGGGGGGGACUGAAGCUGCAGAUGAGUGAGCAGAGGUGGAGAGGGGACACCCUGGCCUGUGGGCGUGGCUGGUUGAACAGGGUUGAAUGAGGGAAAGGAAGAAACCAGGGCUGCUUGGGGCAGGGGGUACCAAAUCCCCUCUUCACUUAGUGACAGUGAGGUGGGGCCUGUGUUCUGCCAUCUCUGCCCGGGCACCAGCCCCGGCUGUCACAAGCACAGGGUUCUGCUUUUCCCACGGGCUGGGGCAGGAGGUUGAGACAGGCUGUGGGAAAGGAGCCCUUUGUGUGACCAUCUCAGACCGGUUCCUGCCAGUCGUUGCCACACUUGGUCCUGUUGGGCAGUCCCAGCACGCAGGCAGAAUGGGCCACUGCCCCUGGCCUCCCCUGGGCCCCAGAGAUGAUCUUCUGGGGCAGGAUUGGGAGAUGUGCAUGCGCACAUGCGAAGCUUGCAGAGCUCUGCCGUACCUGCUGACUGGUUCACAGGGCUGCUAGGCCAACGCCUUUCUCCCGCGCUGACCUUGCAUAGCUCCCCAGGAGCGCUGGGGGAAGAGAUGGCUACGGAACCCACUGGGGCUUUUCUCUCCUUGUGUUUUGCUACUUGACCACACUCUGUCUCAGUGCUGACGUCUCCCGAAGCUUUGGGGCCCCUCCCAGCAGCAGCUGCUGGCUAGGGUGAGAUUGGGCGCUUGAGUGGGAACAAAAUAGCGUGUUGCUUCCUUUCGUUCUUGUCUAGCAUCUGUAUUUCCCCCCAGCAUGCCAGAGAGGCACCGCUGUGCAGCAGGGCCCAUGGAACACGGUGCUAUGGAGGGGUCACUGCCCCAGGUGGCGGGUCAUGAAAGGCUGCACACUCCCCACAAACAGGAUGAGCUGGCAGGGGACUGGGCUGCUUUCACCUUAAAGUACAUUUGUGUAAAAGCUGAGAGCUGUGCGUACCCCCUCCCUGCAGCCAUCUCCCCGCUUUCCUCUUGCUCGUGGGCACGGAGCCACUUCGUUCCCAGCCACUGAGCCGCACCAGUGAGGACCACGUCCUGCUCUGGAUGUUGGUUAGCACUGGGCGUGACACGGACUUGUGCCUUCAGAGGAAGUUCUUCAGGGCGGGCACUCUUCCUGCACCAGGGCUCUUGGUGCUACGCUCAUACUCACAAUAACUGCGUGUGUUUGUACUUGCUGCAGGCCGUGGGCACUCACUAGGUUACAGCAGUAGGAAUGGGCGUUUCAGCCCUCUGGGGUUGAUAAUCUAGGCCUGCCCUGUCCCACGACAGGCCCUGAUGUGCUGCCAUUGUCUGCCACUGGGCCAGGUGUGCGUUUCCAAUGUGCCAGGGAGCUCAUGGACCGGAGGUGGCAUGUCAGUUCCUUGGGGGUCAGCACAGCACUUCCCCACUGGGGUAGGCAGGCAGAGCCUGGAGGAGCGGUAAGGGCUGAGUGUUGCUUGCUGAUCAGGCUCCUGGCUUAGAACACAGCAGACUAGGCAGCCGGGUGGAUGGGACUGGGAGGGACAGGAGGCUGCUGGAUAAGGCGGGAUGGCACAGUUGCUCAGCAUGGUUGGGGACCAUUUCUCUAGCGUGAGGUCAAACCUGCCAUGUACCUGCAGCCCUCUCAUCACCAUCUCGUGCUGCUGCUGUGUGUUCAUGGCAUGGCCCUGGUGGGAAAUGCCCCGUCACCAUCCCUGUUAACCCAGCCCUGCGCUCACGCCGUCUUUAAAGCCUGGCGAGUCUAUUUCCCCCUAAAAUUCAUUUAAAAUUAAAGCUUUGGGGCAGCA